GCGGAGAUAAAAGAAAGAAGCCUGCCAUAAACCUCUGCAGGAUUCGCUUCAACAUCCAUCACUGCAGAAAAUCUCCAGCAAGAAUUUAAGAUCUGUCCAUAUCAGAGGCAUCAAGCUCCAAGAUGAAGUGGUUCUUCUUCUUGUUUGGUCUGUCUCUCGCUGCUGAGCCUCCUUCAGGCGGACAGGAACUGAAGUUGCUGCGUGGUGGCUGUCCCUUGUUCUGGUUCCAUUUCGAGGGCCGCUGCUACAAGUAUUUUGGUUCAAGAGUGACCUGGGGAGAAGCAGAGCUCCAAUGUGUGUCAGAAGGAGCCAACCUGGUUUCCAUCCAUAGUAUUGAGGAACACGAUUUUGUCAAUUUGCUGAUCAAGAACUUUGAUCCCACUCGGACACUGACCUGGAUUGGACUCACUGAUAUACAUAAGGAAGGAGGGUGGAUAUGGUCCGAUGGGUCUAAAUACAAGUUUUCCCACUGGGAUCACGAACAGCCUGACAAUAAAGGUGGAAAAGAACACUGUGGACACACCAACUAUGGACAACGUUUUUACUGGAAUGAUUGCAUGUGCUCAGAUACAUUUUCUUUUGUCUGUGCAACACGUAGAGAUUGUCCCUAGUCAAAAAAAAUAAAUAAAUGUAUUGCCUUACAAGUCUUGAUGUUUUUUUCUGUUUUAAUUCAAGCUGCUUUUUUUUUUCCCAAACAAAUGUCAAUAAAAUGCUUCCUCUCUGUG